AUGAAUAGCCGUCAGCUCCGUAGGCUUGCCUCCGCCAGCCGCCCUCUUUUUAAACAUCCUUCAAUAUGCCUGUGCCACCGACAAUACAGUCAAGUGAGACCCGUCUAUGUUAUAGAACGCCCUAAAUGGCGAAACUCGGCACCAAGCUUCUAUGCCGCUCAAUCUAUAGAUAUGAGACACUACUCAUUCGUGCACAACUUAGAUCCAGCGGUACGAGAAGGGUCACACAAAAAUGCAGAUGACGUCUUAUUUGAUAUGUUUAAAAAUGAAGAUUCAGGCUUACUUCCUGUUGGAAAAUUUUUGGCUGCAUUAAGAACAACAGGAAUCAGAAAAAAUGAUCCUCGAGUUAAAGAAGUUAUGCACAACUUAUACAAAGUCCACAAAGAGUUAAACCUUGAAGGAGGAUCUCCAGAAACUUUAAAACUAGAUAGAAAAACUUUUAAGGAGGUAAUUUCACCAAACAUUGUGUUAAUUACGCGAGCGUUCCGAAGCCAAUUUGUGAUCCCAGACUUUCAAGAUUUUAUCAAAGAUAUUGAGGAAAUGUACUGGGCAGCUAAAAGUAACAGUGAUGGUAAAGUAGCCAGUUAUAUACCUCAAUUAGCAAGAGCAAGUUCUGAUAAUUGGGGCGUUAGUGUUUGCACUAUCGAUGGCCAACGAUUUUCUAUCGGCGAUGUUAAUGUUCCAUUCACUCUACAAUCCUGCAGCAAACCAUUGACUUAUGCUAUGGCAUUAGACACUCUAGGCCCUGACACGGUGCAUAAGUAUAUUGGCACGGAGCCUAGUGGUCGGAACUUCAAUGAACUCGUCUUAGAUUACAACAUGAAACCACACAAUCCCAUGAUUAAUGCAGGUGCAAUCUUAGUUUGUGCAUUGUUAAAAACACUGGAUAAACCUGAGAUGACGCUUGCUGAAAAAUUUGACUACGUUAUGUCAUUCUUUAGCCGUCUUGCUGGCAAUGAAGUAUUGGGUUUCAAUAACGCUGUAUUUUUAUCUGAGCGUGAGGCUGCCGAUAGAAAUUAUGCAUUGGGAUUUUAUAUGCGUGAAUAUAAAUGCUAUCCAGAAAAAACUAAUUUACGUGAAUGUAUGGACUUUUACUUUCAGUGUUGUUCUAUGGAGGCUAAUUGUGAUAUAAUGUCGAUAAUGGCUGCUACGUUAGCGAAUGGAGGCAUUUGUCCUAUUACUGACGAAAAGGUCCUACGGCCUGAUUCAGUACGCAACGUCCUAUCUCUAAUGCACAGUUGUGGAAUGUACGACUAUUCAGGACAGUUUGCAUUCAAAGUAGGUCUACCGGCGAAAUCUGGAGUUUCCGGAGCCAUGUUAAUAGUGGUGCCGAAUGUUAUGGGUAUUUGUACAUGGUCUCCUCCUCUUGAUCCACUGGGAAAUAGUUGUCGAGGUCUACAGUUUUGCGAGCAAUUGAUUGACCGUUUCAAUUUCCAUAAAUAUGACAACAUUCGUUAUGCAAGCCACAAGAAAGAUCCACGCCGUUAUAAAUUUGAAUCUACUGGACUCAGUAUCGUCAAUCUUCUGUUUUCUUCAGCCAGUGGAGAUUUAAGCGCUUUAAGAAGGCAUCAUUUAUCUGGAAUGGAUAUGACACUGUCUGAUUAUGAUGGCAGAACAGCUUUGCAUCUAGCAGCAGCCGAAGGACACUUGGCUUGUGUAGACUUUUUGUUGGCGCAAUGUGGCGUUCCCCAUGAUCCACAGGACCGUUGGGGAAGUCGUCCACUAAACGAAGCUGAGACAUUUAACCAUACUGCUAUUGUUCAAUAUCUAAAGGAAUGGGAAAGAAGUCACCCCCAAGAAAAACUGCUCGAAAGAGCUCCUGACCGGGUAGAUGAAAUUCUUGAAGUUAAACCAGAUGCUGAUGAUGCAGUAAAAGACCCAAGCAUCCAAGAAAUUGUAACCAGAAAUGGCGAUAAAGUCAAG